AUGCAGAUCUACGGCUUGCUCAUUCUUGCCAACCCGCCCGGGGCAGGUGCUGUGCCUCUGACAACAGCAUGGGAGCUCGGUUCCUUUUCCUUCUUCCAGCGUUCCACGGUUCAGGACAUGAUGGGAUUCAUGGCAAGGACGGUGGCCGAGAGAACACAGCCAACACAGCGACAGUCGGUACAGGAAAACUCGUACGUAGCUCACGUUCACUCGCGUCCCGCAUCGGACGGCAUCUCUGGCGUUCUGAUCACCGACACCGAAUACCCGGUGCGCGUCGCCUUUUCGCUGCUCAACAAGACGCUCGAUGAGUUUGUGAUCAAGGUGCCCAAGUCCAAGUGGGAGUCCAAAGUCAACGCCAUCACCACGGGCUCUGCUACUGCUCCUGCCAAGGGCGAACCGUUGCUCGGCGUAAGCGCGUUCCCGCAAUCCGUCGACUACGUCAAGCGUUACCAAGACCCACGCCAGGCAGAUACCAUCAUGAAGGUACAACAGGAGCUCGACGAAACCAAGAUCGUCCUGCACAAGACCAUCGACUCGGUACUCCAACGCGGCGAAGAUCUCGACAAGCUCGUCGAGAAAUCCGGCACCCUCAGCGAACAGAGCAAGAUGUUCUACAAGACGGCCAAGAAGCAGAACUCGUGCUGUGUGGUCAUGUGA